AUAUUAUAAAAAUAAAAAUAAAUAAAUAAAAGGCAACCCAAUCUUCCAGCGUCUUCCCUCUCCGAGAUGGACUCGCCAGCUUCAUCAAUCCACAAAAACGACGCCGUCCGCCUCAAUCACUGCUCCUCCUCCUCUUCCAACGCCGUCUUCCACAACGCCGAGGAACCUUCUACCUCGAAUUCUACGGUUUCGGAUCCUCAACCCCUUUCAUCACAACCUCCAAUUUCGCAUCCCCAACGACCUUCUCCGGCCGCCAGAAUCCGCCGCCGGAAAAUUAAUCGUGAUUCCCAGGGCAAGGAACCGGAAAUUUCAGCUCCCGAUUCUUUCCUCACUUCCGAGAGCAGCGAUUUCACCAAUGGCGCUAAAAGCAGCUCCCGAAAUCACAGAGGCCCUCGAACAUCAACAAAGGAAGAGGAAAGUCCUGCCGAGAAAUGCGAUUCGAACGAAGCAAAACGUCAACGCGCUCGCGCAGUUCAAGCUUCAAGUUCCGUGAAAGAAGAGAACAAUGUGAACAACGAGGAGUCGACGGUUACCACAGCUUCGAAAGACGACUCGCCGGGGGAUUCAGCCGAGUCACCGAUUCAACACGGCAACUCGUCCUCGAGUUUCCUCGAAAUAGUUGCAGGGCUUGUAAUUAAGGCGAUCGCAUUCGAAAUCAAGCUAGUCACGAUGUUUGUGACGUAUCCGCUAUUGUUCGCGUUUCAAUGUUGCAUGUUUUGCGUGGACCCAUUGGGGACGACGAAAAAGGGCAAGGCUUUCGUGACAGGAGUUUUGGCGAGAGUGCGUGACGCUGUUUAUGGUCGUGUGGGGCAUUACUUCAAGGGUUGGUUCAACGAGAACGAUUCAGUUUGGAGCUUGGCGCUUCGUUGCGGGUGGGGGUUGUUGUGGUCGAUCUACGUUUGUUGCGUCUUGUUUGGGCUCUUGGUUAAUUCUUUUGUGGUGAGUGGGCUUUUGAUGAAGUGCUUUGUGGAGAAGCCGAUUCGGACGAGGGAAGUUUUGAACUUUGAUUUCACUAAGCAUAGCCCUGUGGCUUAUGUGCCCAUAAUUUCUUGUGAUGCUGUUUUUGGUGGAAAAUAUUCUGAGAAUUUGAACAACGACGUUGGUGUUACGAGUACCAAGUGGAGGGGUCAACGUUUUAUACCUUAUAAGCACAAAGUGCAAGUCACUCUCUUGUUGACAGUUCCUGAGUCAGGAUACAACAGAGAUCUUGGGGUCUUUCAGGCCAGAGUUGAUUUCCUAUCGGCUGAUGGUAGAACCAUGGCAAGCUCAAGUAAACCUUGCAUGUUAAGAUUCAGCAGCGAGCCUAUACGAUUGAUCAUGACUUUCCUCAAGAUUGCUCCUCUUGUAACUGGUUAUAUGGCCGAAACCCAGACUCUGAACGUCCAUAUGAGAGGUUUCAUUGAAGGGAAUGAACCUACUUCGUGCCUGAAGGUGACACUUGAGCAGCGAGCUGAAUAUCAACCUGGUGCUGGCAUUCCUCAGAUAUACGAUGCAUCUGUGGUUAUUGAGUCCCAACUUCCAUUCUUUAAGAGGAUUAUUUGGGUUUGGAAGAUGAGCAUAUUCAUAUGGAUCACGAUGAUGGUAUUCAUAAUUCAGUUACUUUUUGUUCUGGUGUGUUGUAGACCUGUAAUUAUUCCUAGAACAAGGCAAAGGGUUAGCAGACCUGCAACCCAAAAUAAUCAUCAGGUACAAAAUUUAGCAAGGCAUCCUAAAUUCUAACUUUUUCCUUUCUUUUUUUUUUUUUUUUUUAAUUUUAAUGUUCAUUUUUCUGUUAAAUUCCUUUACAGUCACAAUGUAGUCUUUUAAUUACAUGCGAUGUAUAAUGUAAUUUUGUGUAACCUGUUAAUUUGUUAAUGAGGUAUAUGGUUAAUCGUUCCUGUAUCUGUUCAUUUGAUUUUU